AUGCAAGAGGUCGUCACCGCGGCCCAAUUUGACUACUUGUGGGUUCAAUUCUAUAAUAAUCCUAGCUGCUCUGUCAACAAGGCAAUCAAUUACGAUCAGUGGGUGUCCAAUAUCGCGAACACUCCCUCUGUUAAUGCCAAGGUCUUUAUUGGCGUACCAGCAUCUCCGCUUAGAGCCACGGGAACCCAGAGCGGCUCGCAAUACUACCUCGCACCGAGCGAUCUCGCCUCCCUUGUCAAUCAGCAUAAGGGCGAUACUGCCUUUGGCGGAAUCAUGAUGUGGUCUGCUAGCUUCUCUGAUGCAAACAUUAAUAAUGGAUGCACCUACGCGCAGGAAGCUAAGCACCAUCCUUAG